GCCAUAGCCACCUCUUCCCCUCUCUCUCUCCAUUGGAAGCCAUAGCUCUUGAACCUUGAGAAGAGCUUCUUGAAGGGUUUUGAAGAACAAGAAGAGAGAAUUAGGAGAGAGAAAGGGUAUGAGAUAGUGACUCUUGGAGAAUAACCCAUCAUGGAGAAUCAAGACACAGCCAUGUUUUGAUGUUUUGUUUUUGUUCAAAACCAAUUCCCAUGAAGAACAAAGCAGCUGCCUCUUUCAGUACUUGUAGCUAAGCUAAUUAAGUUAUAUAUUCUUUUUUUUUCUUUCUCAACUUUGGCUUUUUUCUUAUUAAUAUCUCUCUCUAUUUCUCUUUCUGAGAAGGGAUUUCAAUUUUAAUACCCUAGAAGAAGGCCUCUCACAAACCCAAACAAACCAAAAAAAUCAGUUGGAUUUAUCAGUUUUUGGUAUUUUUUGCUGUUGUUUGUAUCUCUGUUGGAGUUUUCUCCCAAGGGCAUAAAAAAAAGAGAAAAUUUUUCAAGAUGUUUGCUGCAACUUUGUCCAAUUCAACUUCUUUGUCUGAAGAAGCAAGCGUCUCUUCUGGUACAAGAGUCCAGCCUGCAGAUUUCAGCUGCUUAAACCCACUCCUUCCGACGUUUUCUGAUCAUCACCCUCCGCUAAAAGUCAAGAAAAAACGGAGCCUUCCGGGAAACCCAGACCCAGAUGCAGAAGUGAUUGCACUCUCACCCAAAACCCUUCUUGCCACAAACAGAUUUGUGUGUGAGAUUUGCAAUAAGGGUUUCCAAAGGGAUCAGAAUUUGCAGCUGCACAGAAGAGGCCACAAUCUGCCAUGGAAGCUGAAGCAAAGAAACAGCAAAGAAGUGAAGAAGAAGGCGUACGUUUGCCCCGAACCGACGUGCGUCCACCACCAUCCUUCGAGAGCCCUCGGAGAUCUCACAGGGAUCAAAAAGCAUUAUUGCAGGAAGCAUGGAGAGAAGAAAUGGAAAUGCGAGAAAUGUUCUAAAGUCUACGCGGUUCAAUCCGAUUGGAAAGCCCACUCCAAGACCUGUGGCACUCGAGAAUACCGAUGUGACUGUGGAACCCUUUUCUCCAG